AUGGCCGGAGCAGAACCCACUUUUCUCUACAAACUUGUCCCCUCGUUGGCACCGGUCCGGGAGCCCAUUCCAGAGCGACUUCCCGUCAGUCUCAUUGACCAGCAGUCCGGAUUUGUACACCUGUCGACAGCACUCCAAGUCCCAAAUACACUCAAGCUCUUUUUCCAGGACGAGCCUCUUGUCUAUGUGCUGAGGAUUCCGUAUGAUCGCGUGGCCCAAGACAUUGUGUUCGAGGACGUCACGGGCAGGCGCGGAACCCGGCCUGAUGAGGGUCUAUUUCCUCAUCUCUACAAUGGCCUCAAGCUUGGCAAGGACGAGAUUGAGAGCAUGAGCGUCUGGUCGAACGACGGUGGAUGGGAGAAAGCGCUGAACGGGGCAAAGCCUUGGCUCCUGUAUUGA